GACCAACCCGAAGCCCAAAGUCCAAAACCACAGGGGUGUGAACUGUGAAGUCCCGCACCGCAGUACCCUCCCCGGCGGCACAGCGCAGCGUGACGUCAGCUCGUUCGCCGCUUCUCCAUCCCCGGCCGAAUCAAAUCCGAAUCCACAGCGACGAAAUGGCGGCGGCGGCGCUCCGUCCGGCGAUCCUCCGCCGCAUCCGCCUCUCCCCCUCCCCGUCGCUCCCCUUCGCCGCCUCCGCCGCCGCGGCGUCCCACCCGCACGCCCUGGUGCGGUGGCUCGCGCGGCCCAUGUCCUCCCACGACGCGCACCUCACCCGCGAGGAGGUCGUCGACCGCGUCCUCGACGUCCUCAAGAGCCACCCCAAGGUCGACCCCUCCAAGGUGACUCCCGAGGCGCACUUCGAGAAGGAUCUGGGGCUGGACAGCCUGGACACCGUCGAGGUGGUGAUGGCCAUCGAGGAGGAGUUCAAGCUCGAGAUCCCGGACAAAGAGGCCGACAAGAUCGACUCGCUCCCGCUCGCCAUCGAGUACGUCGCCAACCACCCCAUGGCCGGCUGAGCCUCAGCUCGCCGGAGGUGAGGUCUCUUGGUUUUUGUUUCCGAGGGCAAAUAAUUCGCCGGAGUGGCGCAGGAAAACAUGUCCCUGGCGCGCUCCGCAUUGCUUCGCGAGCAGAUGAUGAUGCCGAAAUGGAACAUUGACAUUUUGUUUCUCAGACGAUGCAAUGUUAGAUUGCUAUUUUUGUGUGUGUUAUAUCUAUAUAUGCUGCUGUUGACAAAAUAGUUUGGUUGGUUACGAGGUUUCCCAUUGUUCCAUGAUCUAAUUGUUCAAAUUGGGUUCAUGAUAGUUUCUUAUGCUUAUUUUUCUAUUUUCAUCCAUCUGUUUAUGAGAACCAACCCAGAAUCGAUAAACAAAUGAUGGUCCGUUGCUUAUGGUGAUUUAUUUAGGCGAAAGUUCUCGUA